CAUAAAAUUUGCAUUAAUUGUGAUUCUUAAAUUAGAACCUAAAAUUGCAAACAAUAAUAUCAAGACACAUUAAAAUCACAAUUAUAACUUAUUUAUAUUAUAACUUAUUUAUAUUGGUAAAUGUCAACAAAAAAAACUCAAUAAAAAACUACCUAAUCCUAACAAAAUUGAAAGAGAGAAAGUUAACAAAACUAAUAGGCGAAAAAAAAGUUUUUGAGUUUCUAAAAUAAAAUUAGUCAAAAAUUAAAAGAUUUGAUUAAAUUAUUAGUCUUAAACAUUAUUCUAUUUCAGAAUAAAAAUAUUUAAUUUAAUUUUUUUAAAAAAUAAGAGAUAUUAGAGAACAAUCUUUUAUUUAUCUUAAAAGUAAAAUAAGAGAUAUUAAAAAAUAAAAAUGUAGUUUUAAAAAAAAAAUAAAUUAAUUUCUAAUAACUUUUCUUAUUAAAAAAGAAAUGUAUUGAAUAUUAAAAUUUUCUGUAAAAAAAUGAUCUACUAUGUCUUUUCAAAUUAGUAACAUGUGAAACAUUUGAUAAAGUUGUUGAAAAAAUAAACAAAAGAAAGAGAAGAUGGGGAAGCUAUCCACAAUGAGAAAACAGCAGGACAAAUGAGUAAUUUCCACCACACUUGAUUUUCUUAUAUGAUAGAGGACAAAUGAGUAAUUUCCACCACACUUGAUUUUCUUAUAUGAUAGAUAAGUCAUUCUUGUUUUCAUAUUUCCACUCUUUCCCCUACCUAUUGUGCAUGGUGUGGUGUGGCCACUCAUCCGUUAAAAACAAGUGAUAUAAUAAGAAUAUUAUUUUUAAUAGUUGAGACUAAAUAGAGUAUUUUCAGUGGUGGAGCUAGCAUAAAAUUUUCCAAGGCCAAAUAUUUUUGAAAAACUAAUAUGUUAAUAUUUAUUUAUAAAAAUUACAACAAUUUAAUAAGAGUUCAUUCGUUUCAGCUUUAUUUAAAAUUGAUUUUUAUACUAUUAUAUAUUUUUGUUUAAAAAAAUUUAAUUUUUUUUAUCAAAGCUUCAAAUAAAAAGUUAGGUUACAUAAUUAUUUUUAAAAUAUUAUCUUACGAAAAUUGAAUAAUUAUGUUAUUUGCAAGAAAUUUAUUGUCUAUUUUAUAUGAGUCUUCCUUGAUAAUUUUAAUUACUAAAAAACUUUCAUUUAUAAUUUUUUUAAAAGUCAAAAUGGAGUGUGGAGGGUUAAAACCGUCACACUAUAAUUUUCAAACAAUAUGGAAAAUUUGUUCGAAUAAUAAUUUCCAAAUAAAUAUAUAAGAUGUUCCAUAUUUUACUAUUCGGACGACAAGAAAUUAUUUUAAAACGUUCUAGGAUUUGAGACUUAAUAAACAUUCUCUUUUUUUAUCAUACUAACAGUCACAUUUACACAUACAAAAUUAAAAAAUAUAUAUAUUAUUUGUUUUAAUUGUACCAUAUAGCUAGUAUUAUGAACAUCAUUAUUAAUAUUUCCAUUUUAUAUUUAUAUCAAUAAAGAUAUUUUAAUAAAAUCACAGUUGCCUUUUUAUAUUAUCACUGUUUCCUAAGUCAAAAGAAUAUUAUAUAUAUUUUUAAUUUACAUGAAUUGAUUAAAUGCAAUUGGGAGGGAGUGGUAUAUUUGAAGCAGGAGAGAUUUUUGUAUUAAAAAAGAGGUUGGUAAAGAAAAGAGUUUUCAAGAAGUGGAUAAUUAAUUAAAUCAAAUUAGAAUAGAUACUUUAACUAUUAUUUAUAUUUUAAAAUUGGUGUCAUUUUAACAAUAAAAAUUCAUUUAAAAAUAAAUAUCACUUUUUAAAAAAGAACUUUUUGAAAUAAAAUAUUUUUAUGGUGAAAAAUACUAUCAAUAUAAAUUAAUUUAAUAAAAGUCUCACGUCUUUUCACAAUUUUAGUGUAGUUGUUUGUUUGCGAGUAAUGAAAGAUUUGGUGUUGGUGUUGCCAACCAAGUUGAGGUGUAAAACAAAAGUGAGGAAGAGUGAGUGUGAUGAUUUGAUGUUGUUGGCAUAGUUGGAGUUGCCGUCCGAGAGAGAUGAAGGACACGAUAGCAAUGCCGUUUUUCUCAUUAAUAAUAUAUAUAAACCGUUAUUAAUAAUAUAUAUAUAAGCAGUUAAGCUUUGCUUUGCUUUUAAGUUUUUGUUUAUUGAGGUUUAACAUACAUUUUCAGACCUCUCUUGUUCAGUCGUUGUUGUUGUUGUUGAGUCUUUAAACAUGAAUGGGAAAGCCUCCAUCUCUAAGGAGCUCAAUGCCAAGCACACCAAGAUCUUGGAAGGACUUCUAAAGCUGCCUGAAAACAGGGAAUGUGCUGAUUGCCGGAACAAGGCUCCGAGAUGGGCAAGUGUGAACCUAGGGAUUUUUAUUUGCAUGCAAUGUUCAGGGAUUCACAGAAGCCUUGGAGUGCAUAUAUCAAAGGUGCGGUCCACAACUUUGGAUACAUGGUUGCCGGCUCAAGUUUCUUUCAUGCAGUUUAUGGGUAACCACAAGUCAAAUAAACACUGGGAGACAGAUCUUCCUCCCAAUUUUGACACAAGUAGAUUGGAAAUUGAAAAGUUUAUCCGUGCCAAGUAUGUAGAGAAAAGAUGGGCUUCAAAAAAUAAACUAGAAUCAACUUCAAAGUUGGCUGAAAAUAUUGUGAACUUUAAUGAGUUGCCAUAUGGUGGGGCUAGGAGUGGUUUUCCGAAGAACAGUAGGAGACUUUCUCUUGAAGAAAGCAUUCUUGUAAACCACUUGGCACAAGUUCUGCCGCCUGUAACAAGAUCCCGUGAGAUUCGGGGUUCUUUGGACAAGCAAAAGAAGAGUUCACCUCCAUUAAAGAGACCGUCAUCAUCAGUUGAUUUUGACAAGUCCCCAGGAAAGAGUGCUGAAUUUUUCAAUUUGCUUUGCAUCCAUGACAAUAAGCAGACCUUGUCAACCGUACCUCCUUCAAGCUGGGCUACAUUUGAUUGAGGGAGUGUGAAUGGUGCAAGUAUAUAAAUCAUUCAGUUAGUUCUUGGUGCCGAUGUCACAAGUAGAAUUCAGUACUUUUUAUUUUGGCAAACCUGGAGAGAUUUCUUUUUAUUUCCCUAAACCCAAAGACUUACUGCGUCUGUAGCUCUUAAAUUACUGAACAAGUAAAAUCCAAUCCAAUCUUAUUUGACUAUUUAUUAUACAACAUGAGUAAGUUCCUACCUACAGGGUAUUUUUAGUUGUUGAGUUGCAUUUUUUUUAUUAAGUACAAUAAAUGAAUUAAAUUAAAACAGAUAUUAUGCAAUAAAGCUCAGUAUUAUAUUCCUCUGGCAUUCAGAAGGCAAAUCCUAUCAUGUAUUAUUCAACACGAGCAAGUUUUUCCCGAAGCUUUGUUAUUCGGGCCUGAAUAGGGAGAAAAACGAUUAGUCCAGUAGAAUAUCCUCAUGAAGUUUGUUUAGAUUGAAUGGUAGAGUUACCUUGAAAGAUUUAGAACGACGGAUGGAAGGAUCUAUAUCUAAAGCGGCUAAAUAUGACUGCUCUGCCAAAUCGAAAUUGUUGAAUGCCAAAAAGGCAUCACCUUGGCAGAUAUAAGCCUGUUAAAUUUAGCUGAUCAGAUGUUUGUUUAUAUGAAUAGAAGUGAAAAAUGAUGAUACCUCAGAAUAGUUAGGAGCUAAUAGCAAAGCCUCAUUAGCAUCUUGGAGGGCAGCCGAGUAGUUGCCCAAUUCCAUCCUUACCAAUGACCUGGUUUUACGACAAGUUUAGAAACAAAUUAUUUAGAUUUGGGAAUAAAAUAGAAAGAUAAAAUUUAACAAACCUGCAUUUAAAUGUGACAUGUAAGCCACCCAAUGGUUUCAAAUCUAUAGCCUGUGACAGCAAAAGGUCGGCCUCAGAAAAGUUUUUGUUCUCAAAUUCAACAUCUGCCCUCUUCCUCAAAGCAAGCGCAUCCAAACUAGUUUUGGAAUUAUCUCUUCCACCAAACAUCACCUCCAAACAACGAGAAGCCGUCCCGCAAUGACCCACGAUGAUGCCAUCUGGAAGGAACGCCAGGUUGGGUCCGGCGCCGCACUUUCCCAAGCAGCCGGAGGACUUAACGGCGACGUUGGGAGGAGCGAUACCAGAGAGUGUUUCUAGGGUUUGAAAGGAUCCUUGUUUCCGGCAAGCACGGUUGGUGCAAACCCGUAUUUCUUGAAGCGGUUGCUGAUGUGCUUUGGUGUGACUUCGUUUGGGUGAUGGGGCCGACGCCACAUGACAACCGACGAACAGAGUGUCCAUCUAUUUCAAACGCCACU